GUUCAACACAUUUUCAGAGGAGGAUAAAGAAAGAUUAACAAAUAUUACUUGAGAAGACAGAGGUGAAUCACAGUUUCACAGCAUGUGAUUGGCUAUUCGUCACUGAUGUCACACCUAAACUCAGGAUCAAAGCCCGAGUUGAUAGAUAGAUUUGAUGAUCAGCGUCAACAAAACCAACAAAGCCUGGUUGGAUUGGUUUGGUUUUGUGAACUCAAAACUAAUCCUUUCACCCUGAGUUUGUUCAACUACCACCAUGAUCAAUUUCAGAUUCAGAAAGAAGAAUGUCUCAGCCUGUCAUACCCAUGACAUCAACGGUUGUCUUCCAGUUUCAACCACCAACACAAACACCAGUAGCAGGAACUGGGACAAAUGCUCCUGUUUAUGUACAACAGCCAGCAGGAGUUUCACCUCUUCAUGGAAUUCAACCAUUUCUGAAAGGCCAACCAAAAGCCGUUGGGACUGUCCAGAUAAUGAUUGGUUUGUGGACUUUCCUAUUGGGAAUCGUGUCUACAGUUUAUGCAAAUUCCAUCUUUGUCUUUAGUGGUAUACCUUACUGGGGAUCUCUCAUCUACAUAAUCGCAGGCUCACUCUGCAUUGCUGCAGAAAACUAUCAGAAUUCACCCUCCAGUUUGUGUUUGGUGAAAGGUUCACUUGUAAUGAACAUUUUCAGUGCUAUAACUGGAGGCAUUUCAUUUAUCAUAAUUUCGUUGGAUUUGGUUAUUGGGCCAUUGAUGUACAGUCACUGCUACUUUUCUAAUUGUUACCUUGAUACAAAGUACCUGACUCUCUUCAUGGGAAUCAGUGGUGUAUUGUUGACGUUCACCUUCCUUCAGUUUAUCAUCUCCAUCUACCUGUCAGCAUUUGCCUGUAAAGUCGCCUGCUGCUGCUCUCCACAGGUGCCGUUAGUUCCACAAGUUAUAACCGCACAGCCUUGUGACUUUAGGCCCAAUAAUUUCCAAGAGAUAUCUGUGGUCAGCAACCCUGCCAUGUAUCAACAUCCAGCAGAAAAUCCUCCACAAUACGAGAACCUGAACAUUAAAAGUCAACCGAUUUGAGUUGGGACAUAUUAGUUUGUUAUUAUGUUUUGAUUGAUACUGUGAAGCUGCUUUGAUGCAGUCUAUAUUGUAAAAAGCGCUAUAUAAAUAUACUCGACUUGACUUGUGGGGUUUCCCAGUGAUUUCCUGUCCAUUAUUUCUAAAGUUCUUUCAUUAAACAGAGAACAUUAAAGCAAAGAAAGAGAUCACUUGAUCAGAUAUUAAUUGCGUAUCACAAAUGUAAACAAUAUCUAUUAGACUAGAUCAUAUUUUAUGAUUUUCUUUCUUUACUUAAGUCAAUAAAGUUGCUUAAUCAUUAUUUGAAAAUGUAUAGAUUGUUUUGAACAACUAAUUGCUUAAUACAGUAAAAUCUGUGAGAAUAAAGUAUACCG